CAAGCGCUCUUCUCUAGUCGGGGUCGGCAGCUCGGUACGCAUGCCUGAGCGGUAGCAGGCGACUACGGAAUUUACCGCCGGAAAUUCUGAAGCCUUAACUAUAGAGAACGGGCACCGCUACCUAGCUAGAGAGGCUCAUUUCCGCCCCGUUAAGGGGUGGGGGCGGCCAUCUUGAGUGCGUACACUCAAAAGGCUGUGGCGGGAUUUGUUCUGUGUCGGGACUCUUCUUGUUGCACCCCAUCUACCAGGGUUUCACCUCGAACCCUUCCCUGUGUGGAGGAGGGCCAGCUGACGGCCGAUUCCUUUGCAGGAAUCCUGAGAAGCUGUUCUCUGAUUGCCGCUCAGUGUGCCUGUGGACAAGUCUUUCCCAUUCUAAGCCAUAAUCUCUGGGAAAACACUGAACUGUCCUAAACCUACCCUGCUAGGAGAAGGCUUGAAGUAAGGAGGUGUGCCUUUGCUUCAGCUCCUGGAAAGCUGUUUUGUGUUGCUACUUAGAGGCUGAGUGAACUCACAUUCAGAAAUAAUACCUUAAGGAGAAGGAACUCUUAAAUUCUGGAAAUAGCGACUCGGUAACAUGGCCAGCUGCCUUAAUGAAGAUACGGAAGGAAGUCGAAUCACUUAUGUGAAAGGAGAUCUUUUCGAAUGUCCCAAAACAGACUCUCUAGCCCAUUGUAUCAGUGAGGAUUGUCGAAUGGGUGCUGGAGUAGCUGUUCUCUUCAAGAAGAGAUUUGGAGGGAUGCAGGAACUGUUAAGUCAACAGAAGAAGUCGGGAGAAGUGGCUGUUCUGAAGAGAGAUGGGCGAUAUAUAUAUUACUUGAUUACAAAGAAACGGGCUUCACACAAACCAACGUAUGAGAACCUACAGAAGAGUCUAGAGGCCAUGAAGUCCCAUUGUUUGAAGAAUGGUGUCACUGACCUCUCCAUGCCCAGGAUUGGAUGUGGUCUGGAUCGUCUGCAGUGGGAAAAUGUAUCUGCAAUUCUUGAAGAGGUGUUUGAGUCAACAGACAUCAAAAUUACUGUGUACACACUCUGAACACGUGAAGAUCUUGGAAUGAGCCCAUGGUCUUUUGUGUCAUCUCUACAAAGCUGUAGACUAAGCAGCUGUAGGACCUCAGAAUGGGCAGAGGACAGUCUGAGGGAGUCUCUCAGGCCAGAUGUGGUUUUCUGUACUCUAAGAGGACAGGGAGGGCACUGCACCCAAGCAGGAGGCUGAGGUCUGCCACUAGGCAGAAACCAGGUAAGCUGUUUUAGGGCCUGCUUUGCUUAGCCACUACUGGAUCUGUUUGGCUGGCCACUGGGUGGCAGCAUAGUUUCUAAUUCUCUUUCUUUUGAAGAGAAAUUGUGGGAAGGGUAAACUUUUGAGAUUUUUUUUAACAAUUUUGUGUUUGUGCACUUGGUGUUAGUCUCAUCAAAAAUCACCAUAGGAAAGGGUUGUGGUUUUUAGUUAGGACAUUGCAAUGUGUCGAGAGUGGAACAAUAAACUUCCCUUGUGUUCACUGA